AUGGCGCCCAAGACGUACGGAGACGACGACAACGAGCCCGAAGCGCCCUACCACGAGUCCUCGGACGAAGACUUCAGCCCCGACUCGGCGCCCGCCGACGACGGCGCAAGCUCGUCCGAAGAUGAGCGCGACGACGCAGCCCCCGCCCCGCGCAGGGGGAAGCGGAAAGCCGCUGUCGAGCCGGAGCUGGACUCGGGCGACGAAGUCACGAUACAGGCCGCACGGGCAAACAAGGCCGCGAGGCGGAACAAGGGCGGCAAACACGACGGCCAGGACCUGCUGCUGUCUGACGACCAAGGCGGCGAGGGCGGGCUGAUCAAGACACGCGCACAGCGCGCAGUCGAGCAGACCGAACCGAGGCCGCUGGCCAGGACAGAGGGCGCCACCGUCGACGUCGAAGCACUGUGGGCGCAAAUGACUGCCGCCCCGCUGAGACCCGUGCAGCCAGCACCGCGACAAGACGCCUCGACCCUGCAAGACGCUGCCCCUGCCCCUGCCCCCGCCUCGGCCACCGAAGCCGCUGUCGAGGAGGAGCUUGUCGCUGUGGCCAAGACGUACACGUUCGCCGGCCAGAGGACAACCGAGGAGAAGCAGGUCCCGCGCUCUGCCCUCGGACAAUACACCGCACGCGGCUGGAAACCCACGUCCGCAGUCAAAGCCACAGAGACCGCACAAGGCCCGGCCCCAAAGACACCACACUCGCAAGUCCGCCGCCCGCUCAAACGCCCAAGCCGCUUCGACGCCAACCCCACAGGCUACGUCCGCGCCCUCGCGCCCGAGCACCAGCUCGCCUGGCCGCGCAAGACGCCCACCUCCCUCGCCCCGCCGCCCGCCGCACCCACCGACGGGCCGAGGAAGCCCGACAAGGCCACCAAGCUCAGCGUCGUGGACAAGUCGCGCAUGGACUGGACCGGCUUCGUCGAUCAGGCGGGCAUCGCCGACGAGCUGCACGAGCACGGCAAGUCAAAGGACAACUACAUGAGCCGCCGCGACUUCCUGGCCGGCGUCGAGCAGCGCAUCGAGGACGAGGGUCGGCGCGGGAGAGUUGCGAAUCCCACCGCUUUGACAUGA